AUGUUCCGUUUGGCCGUAUUUGACCAGCGUAUUUGUCUUGUGUUGGGUGUAAGUCCGAAUCUUCUGGAUUGCCUUGUCGACUCGAAAGUCCCGCUGAUGUUGCCCAUAUACGAACUGGCAUGCCAAUUAGAAGGUGAGCCUGCUGGUGUUUGGCCUGAGACAGGAGUGGAUGCCAUCAUCAUGACGCCCUUGAUCGCCGGUGUGCUAUCAAGAUGA